CACUAGACCGUGUGGAAGUAAGCCAGAUGUCGAUCUUAUUUCAAAGUCUGUCACAGUUUUUGGGGUCAGGAGGUUCAUUUGCCGGCUGCACGUGAGGCCUCAAGGUUUUAUGGGAUAUUUGUUUAUUUUUCUUUUUUUUUUUUUUUUGUAGAUAACCAAUACCAAGUAGCUUGUAUCAUGUUCAGGUGCAUUGACCUUGGGCUGUUGUCGCUAUUAAUGACAGUUCCGAGGACCAGGGUUCAAGUCCCGGCCUCGCCUUUGUGGAGCUUGCAUGUCCUCCCUGUGUCUGCGUUGGUUUUCUCCGGGUGCUCCGGUCCCCCCCCCCCCCCACAUCCCAAAAACAUGCAACAUUAAUCGGACGCUGUAAAUUGCCCCUAGGUGUGAUUGUGAUUGCGACUAUUUGUAUCGAUGUGCCCUGCGAUUGCCUGCCGACCGGUUCAGGGUGUACCCCGACUCCUGCCCGUCGACAGCUGGGAUAGGCUCCGGCGCUCCCUGCAACCCUUGUGAGGAUAAGCAGCUAAGAAAAGGGAUGGAUGGAUUUUGGUGUGUGCACCCUGGCCACCUGGUGGCAAUAUAUGCUACAGAUAGGCAUCAGAUCUACUGGAAGCGCCCCACGUUUCAGUAUGCCAGGAGUAUUGGUCACUCUUUGCAGCAGAUAAAGAAUAUACGCACCGCGCACAUCUUGAAGGGACGCCCGAUCUGGUGAUCUUCACCCAAGACACUCAGCUAUCAACCUCAGCCUGGGAUGCAGUAAACGAGGCGCGACAGUCAUGGGGGACUCGUUCUUCAACUGCUGUUAUCUCCCACCCCAACCCCCAGGCGAGGAGGAGCCCCCCGGCUCCCGAACCCGCCGCGAUAGCAGCAUGGCCUCUCGCGUCUCCCCGGACAGGCGCUUCCUCAUCUUCUUUGACUUUGACGAGACCAUCGUGGACGAGACCAGCGACGACAUGGUGGUGCAGUUGGCCCCCGGCCAGCAUCUGCCCACCUGGCUGAAGGACACGUACCAACCGGGCCGCUACAACGAGUACAUGCAACGGGUCCUGGCCUACCUGUCCGAGCAGGGGGUCACCGAAAGCGACAUCCGCGGUGUCAUGGAGAAGCUGCCGGCCACCCCGGGCAUGCUGGGGCUGCUCCAGUUCCUGCGCAACCGCCCGCCAAGCGACUUCGAAGUGGUCCUGGUGUCGGACUCCAACACCUUCUUCAUCGAGUCCUGGCUGAGACGAGCCGGCUCCCGGUCCCUGUUCCACCGCAUCUUCUCCAACCCGGCCACCUUCAACAGGGACGGCCGGCUGGUCCUGAGGCCCUUCCACGCCCACGAGUGCCCGCGCUGCCCCGAGAACAUGUGCAAGCAGGCCGUGGUCCGGGAGUACGUCACGCGCCGGACCCAGGAAAGGGGCCGCCCCUACCAGAGGGUCUUCUACGUGGGCGACGGCGCCAACGACUUCUGCCCGGCGCUCGCCAUGGGGCCCCGCGACGUGGCCUUCGCGCGGAGGGACUUCCCCAUGCACCGCCUCAUCACCGAGACCCACGAGGCCAUGCCGGGGGAGUUCAAAGCGGUCACGGUGCCCUGGACAUCCGCCGAGGACGUGGUCCAACGUCUCAGGAAGCUGGUGGCCGAGUAAGGUGGGGGUGGGGGGCGGAGUCGGGUCGUGCCGGCAUCGGAAUCGAUUAAUUCAUCGUUAACAAUUCAGCCAUCUGGAAUUGAUUGUUGGAGUGCACUACAGGGGUGCAAUCAGUAGGGGCGCUAUUGACUCAAUUGCAACUCGUUUGCAUCCCGAAGUAAAAGAAGAAGAAAACCUAACAAAACUUUGAUCGUCGUCCGAAUUAAUCCAUCGAGCAAAUUUACCAGAAUGCCCAUCCCUAAUAAAUGGAAAUGUAAUGGUUUUCCAGCGCAUUAUUGAAAAACUGAGGAGAAAAUAAAAAAAAAAAAUGAAGAAACUAGUAUUAAAAACCAAAUGCACAUUUCAUAUUUAUAAUUUUUUUUCACCAACUGCACCACAUAAGGUUGUACUUGAAUGCCCUUAUCAUAAUACAUGCAUGCAUUUCAGAAGACAUUAUUGGGGGAAAAAAUUAAUUAACAAUAAAAAUCAAAGCAAAAUGUCAAUUAAUAUUUAUACAUUAUUUUUUACCACGUAAUGAUAGAAUUGAAUGCCCACCCUUAUUAAAAAGUACUUGUGCCAAAAUGUAUUUUACGGUGCAUUAUUGGAAAUCUUAAAAAUUAAAAUAAAAAACGCUCGUGUGUCUCUAAUGAGCACAAAUGCAUGUCAAAGUGAAAUAAAACAGCGCAUAAAUAAUGAAGACGUUUAAUAUUUAAAAGUUACAAAGUAGAAUUUGACACAAUGAGGAGUAAAGACCUUUGCUAAAAUAUGUUUUAAAAUGAAGACUUGUCAUAUUUGUACAUGAAUCAUUUAUUUGUCCCCGGCCCACCAUUGGGUUGCGACCCAAAAUGGCUGAAACAAAACCGAAGGCAAUAAUAUCAUCGCGUCGCCUCAUGAAAAUCAUUUUUGUGUGCUUACCGAGUCAUGUGCCUGUUUGUUUGGCCUCCUUGGAGCGGGGAGCAUUCCAUAAUAAAUAUAAUGUCCUUCAAACCAUAUAUGUACAAAUAUGUUAUCUGUUAGCAAUGAUUGUCUUGUCUGCACAUUUGCAUUCCUGUUCUAUUAUAAUCUAAGUUAAAGCACUCAUCCUGUGUUGAAGAUUGUCUACGUUGUCACAACAUUACACACAACACGAGGUGCUUCUUUCCAAAUAUUGUUUUCUAAACAUAACUGUAUCUGUUUGAAGUCUUUUGUGUCUUUUGCCGUGUAGGCCAAGGCCUACUCGAGGAAUUUGUUACCAAUAGCAAUACGGGAAUAAAGCCAUCA